AUGGAGAGAGAAGGGGUAAGACCUGAUUCAGUCACAUUUCUUUCUAUACUAGCAGCAUGCAGCAGAAAUGGAAUGGUGGAGAUGGGCCGUCACCUCUUUCAUUCAAUGGUGAAAAACUAUCAUAUUGAACCAUCUCCUCAACAUUAUUCAAGUAUGGUGGACAUGUUGGGACGUGCAGGGAAAUUGGAGGAAGCAGAGGAAUUGAUGAGUCAGAUCCCGGGACAGCCAGAGUUUUCGUUGUUGCAAAGCCUGCUUGGGGCUUGCAGGAUCCAUGGGAAUGUGGAGAUGGCGGAGAGAGUAGCCGAUACAUUGAUGAGAUUGGAACCAAUGGAAUUGGGUUCUUUUUGGUUGACGUCCAACUUGUAUGCUGAGAAAGGGGACUGGGAAGCAAAAGUUGGGAAAUGGAUGAGAGAUAAAGGAGUGAGAAAGGAAGUGGGAUAUAGUUGGGUGGAUACUGGUGAUGCUAAUGGUUCACUGUAUCUGCAUGGGUUUUCAUCAGGUGAUACAUCCCACCCACACAGCCUGGGGAGAUAUGUAGAAUGGCAAAAUGUCUAG